GGAAAGGGAGCAGCCUGUGGAAUGUCAGGCCCUGCUGGCUGCGCGCCCAUACACAGUUCAGCAACCUCGGCGAGAACAGCCCCUGGCUGCUGCUGCGGCUGCUGCUGCGCUGCCACUCGAGUUAUUUCCUCUGGGCUCAGCCGCAGCCUGCAGAGCUCUGCAAAGGGGAGGGGUUUCUUCGCUCCCUCCCGAGGGGGUUCCUGCGCCAGCCCCAGCCCCAGCCCCAGCCCCAGCGAUGGGCGUCAGGACCAGCUCGGGGCCGGUUUAACUGUGGCGACUCCACGCGCGGCGAGAGCGCUGGCAGGAUGCCCCGGCCUGGCGCCCCGGCUCCCAGCAGCUGUCAGUGAAGGAGCGAAGCUUCCUGCGGCCGGGAUGUUCAGCUGCCACAAGAGCUUCACCCUGGCAGCUCCGUGGAGAAAAGCAGGCAAGAUGAACCCACCAUCCAAGGGCAAGGUAGUGCUGACCAACAUGAAGAUACUGAGCAACGAAGGGAGUCAAACCCAGGGAUUGACACGAGAGCCACCUGCAGCCAUGGACUUUGCAGCAGAAUCCAGGCUUCCCAAAGUCGACAUCCUAUUAGAAUGCCAGGGAAAUCUGGGCACAAGAGACACUUCUGCAAAAACAGACUAUGUGGCCACCCUGUCUGACCUCAGCACCUUAGAGUCUAAGUGCCAGCUUCACAGAUUCUCCAAAUUUGAAUCAGAGGAUUCUGGGGUUGAAUUGCCAAGUGGAGCUAAUUCUCCGUCUACACCAACGGGCUCCGAGAAGAGCUUUGUGCUUCACACCAGAGACUCGUCUUGUGACUCCGGAGUGCUUAGCACCUCUUCUUCUCCGGGAACUGACCAUGUCAUAAUGAGAAAGUGUAAAGACAUCAGAGAAGCCAGCCAGUGUGCUUCAGAGAGUGAAAAGCAAGUUGAAUAUUACAGCCAGGCAGCAGACGUGGUGCAGAUCCCUACAGCUUCCCUGGAAGAUUUCAGGGACUGUCAGGAGGGAGAAAGUCCUAAUAAACUUUUUGGCCAAAGUGAAGGACAAUAUUUGGAAGAGAAACCCAGGAAAGAGAUAGACCUUUCCAUUAACGUCACUCCUCCAGCUGCUGCCCCCAUAGAAAAGCAAAGGCCAACCACCAACCAUUACAAAGAGACCUUUGGGAGCAUGCAAGAUCUUCAGCUCCAUGGACAUCAGCUCAAAAAAUAUCCCACAAGCGACAGCCUGGAUGAGUACAUGGAUGAGUGCUGUCGAUUAAGUGAGGUGAACCAAGGGAACACCAAGGCUCUCGGCUCUGGCCUUGGGUAUCUGGAACACAUCUGUCAGCUGAUAGAGAAAAUCGGGCAGCUGCAGGAACACAAUCUGCGACUCCAAAAGCAAGUGUGUGGUUUGCAGAAGGAACAGAAGAUGAGCCAGAUAAAGGAGGAGUAUUUUCUGCAGCACUGUUCCUGUGGAGCUGCCAGCAUCUUGCUCAACUCGUAUCAGGAGGUGAAGAAAUUUUUUACUGGGAGGAGCAGACCGCACAGUCUCUUGGUUCAGAGUGGAAACCAGUCCGACCUUUCAAUCAUCCCAGAAAGAGGAAGUGACACACACCUGGAAUCAGGAGAUAGACAGCUGGUGCUGGGGCUCAGGAAGACCUGGAGUAAAAGGAGCAAUGAGGAGAAUGACCUCAGAGAUGCCUAUAAUCUGACUGAUGGCCAAGCUUUCCUGCUAAAGGACCCAAUGACGAAAAAGGGGGCUGACCUCGGUAAGAGUAUCCCGGGUGAAAGCCACGCUUGGGGCAGAAUGAGGGAUCUCAUGAAGAAGACCAGGCUGAGGAACCAAAGCAAGUUGGGGCUGUCAUCGGCAGCUCUGAAGAGGUCCUGUCCACAACUCUACAGGCCAGAUGUUAUGACUUCGGAUCAGAGGAAGAGGGAGAGGAACUCCAUGAUUGUUCUGGGACAAAGCACAAAGAAUGAAAAAAUCUGGUCUUUCUGAGCAUCUGAAUCCAAUGGACCAAGGUAGAAGAGUUAUCAGGGAGGAGGUUUUUCCUUCCUCCAGCAGGGAAAUGAUUUUGCAUCCCAUUACCAAGCUAUGUUUCCAUGGGCAAAGACUUGGGUAAGGUCUGAUUGCUGUAAGUAGCCCCAGUAACUAAGUCCACAGAACUACUGUCAUUUACAAGAGCUGAGGAUCUGGCCCAUGUAUAUUUAUUUUAAAAUGAAGACUAAUUUGGGGUAAAACUACCUAGAUUUUUAAGACCAGAAAGGAACAACAGGUAGUGAUCAACGCUUCAAUGUCUAGUUGGCAGCCGAUAUCAAGUGGCGUGCCCCAGGGAUCAGUCCUAGGGCCGGUUUUGUUCAACAUCUUCAUUAAUGAUCUGGAAGAUGGGAUUGACUGCACCUCAGCAAGUUUGCAGAUGACACUAAGCUGUGGGGAGAGGUAGAUACGCUGGAGAGUAGGGAUAGGGUCCAGAGCGACCUAGACAAAUUGGAGGACUGGGCUAAAAGAAAUCUGAUGAGGUUCAACAAGGACAAGUGCAGAGUCCUGCACUUAGGACAGAAGAAUCCCAUGCACUGCUACAGGCUGGGACUGACUGGCUAAGCAGCAGUUUUGAAGAACAGGACCUGGGGAUUACAGUGAACGAGAAGCUGGAUAUGAGUCAACAGUGUGCCCUUGUUGCCAAGAAGGCUAACGGCAUAUUGGGCUGCAUUAGUAGGAGCAUUGCCAGCAGAUCAAGGGAAGUGAUUAUUCCCCUCUAUUUGGCAAUGGUGAGGCCACAUUUGGAAUAUUGCAUCCAGUUUUAGUCCCCCCCACUACAGAAAGGAUGUGGACAAAUUGGAGAGAGUCCAGGAGAGGGCAAUGGAAAUGAUCAGGGGGCUGGGGCACAUGACUUAUGAGGAGAGGCUGAGGGAACUUUACUUAUUUAGUCUGCGGAAGAGAAGAGUGAGGGGGAAUUUGAGAGCAGCCUUCAACUACCUGAAGGGGAGUUCCAAAGAAGAUGGAGCUUGGCUGUUCUCAGUGGUGGCAGAUGACAGAACAAGGAGCAGUGGUCUCAAGUUGCAGUGGGGGAGGUCUAGGUUGAAUAUUAGGAAACAGUAUUUCACUAGGAGGGUGGUAAAGCACUGGAAUGGGUUACCUGGGAAGGUGGUGGAAUCUCCAUCCUUAGAGGUUUUUAAGGCCCGGCUUGAAAAAGCCCUUGCUGGGAUGAUUUAGUUGGGAUUGGUCCUGCUUUGAGCAGGGGGUUGGACUAGAUGACCUCCUGAGGUCUCUUCCAACCCUAAUCUUCUAUGAUUCUAUGAACAUUCUGGUCAUAUUGUCUGCCCUCCUGUACAACUCAGGCCUGAGAUACUCACCCAGCAAUCCCUGCAUUAAAUGCACUAACUUGCCAUUGAACUAGAGCAUAUAUUUUAGAGUGACAUCCAGUCUUGCUUGAAAGAUUCCAAGUGAUGGAGAAUCCACCCCAUCCCUCAGCACUUGAGAGCAUCUCUGUAUUCAAAUCUGAAUAGAAACAGAUUCAGCCCAUCCUCUAGGUAGGUCUGUGAUGGAAAAGCAAUUGACUGUGUAAGGGAGAAGAGUGCCUCCCUUUCUGUUCUACCCCAUGAGCUGCUACAUUCCACAGCCUACGUUCUUGUUUCAGAGAUAAAUGAGCUGGGGCGCUCCUGGACAUGAAAUUGAAAACCAUGAGGCUACAUUGUGCAGACUACACUCUACAGCAGGAUCAACAUCAAGGCAGUGGGGAGGGAGGAGAGGUAAAAGGAAGAUUUGCUGAAGGGUGGGGUGCUCACUUGUACUAGAGUUUACUUUUGACAUGAAUGUAAAAGUGAACUUAAAAUAAUGCUAUAUACCAGGAAUAUAGUUACCAUCUCAGCAAUAAUAACCAAGCAGAUUUGAUACAAUUUCAUAAACAAGCUAUCUUAAGUCCUCCUGCUUGUGAAGUAUUAUUGAUCUCCUUUAUUCAGCAGAAAUAGGCUAGACCCUCAUGGAACUCCAGUGCCUUAAUGAAAAACAAAGAUUGGAAGACCACAUGUAAUAGACACUGCUGGGUGUGGGCAGCAGUGCAAGACUCAAGGCAUUUUUUAUAUCUCCACUUGUGGGUAUUACUAACAAGUCUGCACAAUUUGAAGGUGUCUCCACCCACCAGUGCCUGGCUGGGGAGUUUUACUGAGCUCCCAUGUAAUGGCCAAGUCAUAGAAUAUCAGGGUUUGAAGGGACCUCAGGAGGUCAUCUAGUCCAACCCCCUUCUUAAAGCAGGACCAAUCCCCAAUUUUUGCCCCAGAUCCCUAAAUGGCCCCCUCAAGGAUUGAACUUACAACCCUGGGUUUAGCAGGCCAAUGCUCAAACCACUGAGCUAUCCCUCACAGCCAAUCAAAGCCACAAGACAAGAUUUUCUAAAGCUGGAUUUGUAAGUGCAUGGUUAGGUCCCAGUCUUGUGUGGUUGACCCCUUUGCCCAUCUGUAACUUCAUUGACCUCAGUGGGUCCCCAUGCAGACAGAGGGUUACAGCCAUGCAGAGAUUAUUGCAGGACACUGGGGCCUUCAGCCGUUCAGCACCUAAUAAGUGGCCUGAUUUUUAAAAGUGCUGAGUGAGCUGCCCACCCAGGUCCUUGGUUUCACCGGGCACUCAGGACUUUGGAAAGCCAGGCCACUUUAUUAGGAGCCAAACGUAGGCUCCUGUUUUUAAGAUUAUGGUCAUGUUGGGUAAAGGCUCCUGGUCUGCUGUUUGGCUGCCUGUCCAUCACCAUGUGCCAUAGGAUUUAAGAGGCAAGAAAGCCAGAUGAACUUAAACCUAUGCCUGUGGAUCAAGUGCUGGAUUGGGACUCCCUCUGCUGGGAAAGUUAGAAUAAUAGGGAGAUUGGGGAUGGAAAGGAAAGUUUUAAGUCUCUAAUACAAGCCAGGGUAGUUCUUUUUCCAGCUAAGGUCUAUAGGCCUGCCCUCUGUUAUCUACUAGAUAGCUUUAAAGCUAUGCCCAGCUGUUUGGAGGCUGCACUGUUGCCACUCAUCCAUUGCCCACCUUUAACAGAUUCAGAGGACACAGACCAUGGUUAAAAAGGUCCCACUGAAGCCAUGACUACAGCAGCAUCUCUGUGCAUGUGCUAUAAGCCUACUUUUUUUUUUAUAAGCUCAGAAUCCAAGGACUCGCCCACAUGGAGUGAAAACUAGCCUUUGCCUAUUGGGGGAAGGGAAUUCUGUCUGCUAAAUUGGAAUGAGACAGCUGAGCUGUUUAGCUAACAAAGUCCACAGACUCAAGUUACUGCUGACUAAAGCCUUAACUUCACAUAUAUCCGGAACCCUAGGACACUCUCAGAAACUAACAGGCAAACUUCAAAAGAUUCAGAGUUUGAAUAACUCUCCAAAACCUUAAGUGAAUUUCCUCUGCUCAUCUGGGCUAUCAGGAACAUAUUGGUUCUACAGAACCGGGUUAAAACUCUCUGGAGGACAGGAUCUCUCAGGAUACUGCCAGUAUUGCUGCCCAAGUGCAGAGCCAAAAGUAUAAAUCAUAGAAUCAUAGAAUCAUAGAAUAUCAGGGUUGGAAGGGACCCCAGAAGGUCAUCUAGUCCAACCCCCUGCUCAAAGCAGGACCAAGUCCCAGUUAAAUCAUCCUAGCCAGGGCUUUGUCAA